AGGGGGAUGGAGAGCUCUGUGAAGCUGUGGAUCGCGAGCGCGCUUCUUCGUCUAGCUUUGAUCGCUUACGGCGAGUGGCAAGAUUCCCACCUGGAGGUUCCCUAUUCCGAUGUGGAUUACACUGUCUUCUCCGAUGCUGCGGCGUUCAUGGCGCAAGGGCGAUCGCCAUUUCUCCGCGAUACCUAUCGCUACUCGCCGCUGCUGGCAAUGCUGCUGCUUCCCAAUGUGUGGAUCCAUCGCUGCUGGGGGAAGAUCUUGUUCUCGGUCGCAGAUUUACUGGCCGGGAGCUUGAUCUAUCGCUUGCUGCGGUUGCAAGGAAUCGCUGAGGGUGUUGCUAUCGCCUGUGCUGCGGUCUUUCUUCUCAAUCCUUUCACAUUCACGAUUGGUACGAGAGGGAAUUGCGAGGCGCUGCCAUGCGCUGUGGUUCUCUGGACUGUGAUCUUGCUUUUGCAAGGCCGCAACCUCCAAGCCGCAUUUUGGUAUGGAUUGGUCGUCCAUUUUCGGAUCUAUCCCAUCAUCUACGCGCUGCCUUUCGUCCUCUUCCUCAAUGCUAGAGCAUCCGAGACAACAUCCAAGCAAGCUGCUAGCUCCAAGUCGAUGAUGAUCCUCGCAAAGCUCGUAAGUCGCGACAGUCUCUCCUUCGGUCUAACUUCUGGGGCCGUGUUCCUGGCGCUCACGCUCGCGUCCUACGCGCUCUACGGCGCCAGCUUCCUCAACGAGGCACUGCUCUACCACCUCACUCGCACCGAUCCUAGGCACAACUUUUCGAUCUACUUUUACUCGAUCUAUCUCCGCCAGAGCUCGAGCAUCACGCUGCUGGACCGCCUCGCCUCCUUCGCCCCGCAGAUGCUCGUCCAGACCGUCUUCGCGGCCGCGUAUCACGAUGAUCUCCCGCUGUGUCUCUUCGCCCAGACAGCCGCGUUUGUAGCAUUCAACAAGGUUGUCACAGCCCAAUACUUCGUUUGGUUUUUCACCCUCUUGCCGCUUGUCUUGCCAUUCACGGGGCUAAAGUUCUUUUGGGGAGGCUCUUUGUGCAUUGCAGUGUGGACAGUGUCGCAGCUCCACUGGUUAGCGUGGGCGUAUUUGCUGGAAUUUAAAGGGAGGAACGUCUUCUUCCAGCUCUGGAUCUCCAGCAUCGUGUUCUUCGUCGCAAACGUCUUUGUUUUGUCCAUGCUCUUGUAUCAUCACCAUAACGCCACGAAGGAACAAAAGCUUAAAGCCAUUUAAUAGGUGGAUGAUCGCAA